CGCCACACGACAAACCAGCAGCUUUGUGUUGCCUCUGCUGCACGGUUUUCGUUCGGUGUCUACAACGAUCGACUGAUGUUUAUAGCGUGUAGUGUUUCUGUUAUCGCUGGAUGCAAUUGUUACUAUUGAUUUAAACGAAAAGCUGCUGUCGCUUUCGAACGCAGUCGACCGCGAACGCUAGCUGUUCAGCAUCAUGCAGCGUGUAUCCGGCGCAAUUUUUUGUACGAGAUUUGUGUCAGUGAUUGCGGGUUUUUAAAAUCGGCGGGUGAAAUUAUUAAAACAGUCGAUCUAGUGGCGUCUAAGGACACCGUUUCUAUCCAAUAAGUAUAUUCUAAUUGGUACUCAAUGUUCGGUUCAUCACAAUGAAGACGAAGACGAAGAUGAAUUUUCUUCUAUUAUUAGUUGCGGUUUUCGCGUUUCGGGUUAAUAGUUUAAAGACUGUGUCAGUUAUACCUCACGAUGCUCACCCCGGUUACAGUAUAAAGACGUUCGAUCCUAAUUGCGGCAUCAAUUAUCACUUAAUGGAGUCAGACUUUUCUCAGUUCUUCGCGUUAGUUGAAGACGGCUCCGUUAUGACCACUUCGGAUGUCAGUCCACUCGUGAAUCGGCCCAUAAAUCUCGUGGUUCUCGAAGAAGCGAACAACAACACUAUUAAACACAAUUUACAAUUGUACGUGUUGGAUAGGCGGAACAUGCUUAGCUUCAACGUUGAUGACUACGAAGAUUCAGGACACGUUACCGAGAACAAUCCUGUAGGGACCAGAGUCUCAGGCAUUCCUAUGCUCACGGCUGCCAGGGGAUUGAUUUCUACGCCCGUCAGUUACAGUAUCAUCUCUGGAAAUACAGCCCAGGCCUUUCAGCUUCAAGAUAGUGUCACAUUAGAUAUACUACCUAAUGUUACUGUUACGAAUAGUUCUGCUGGAGUUUAUGUAGUCACAUCCCAGGUUCUUGAUAGAGAAGAAAACUCCAAAUACAUUCUCACGAUCCAAGCCGUUGACUCCAAAGGCAUCGAUAAAGCUGUGACGCAUGUUGCAGUUGAGGUCGACGAUGAGAACGAUAAUUGUCCAGUGUUUACCCAGAAAGUUUACCGAUUUGUUGUGGGAGACGGUGACGGUAAAGAUGCUGAUAAUGUUACCACGAGUUGGAAGCGGUUCGCGUCUAUCGGGAAAGUUGAAGCUACAGAUGCCGAUGGUGAUAAAAUAGCUUAUCGCCUGGUCACCCCAAGCAACUUGCUUGUAAUUGUUCCGCAAACUGGCGAUUUACUUUUAACUGAAGAACCACCUGUCGAAGUAGAUACCGAGUUAGUAGUUGAAGCUCAUGAUCUCCGGUCACCAAGCUGCACGUCUCCUCGGCCAGCCCAAAUUCUGUUUCAUUAUAAGCCUCAAUCCAAAAUCGAAUUGGAUUUGGACUUGCAACGACUCGAACAAAGGGAGUUGAAACGUGAUAAACGGAGGGUGACCCGAGCUGUUAGGCCUACGAAAAGGAUAGAAUUCACCGAGGCUGAUGGUGACACCGAAGGAAAAAGUGUGUUUCAGUUAGAAAAGGAAACUGACAAAGAAACUUUCAAAAUUCGAGAUGAAAAUCCUUGGGUGACGGUGGAACCAAACGGAUCUGUUAGAGUAAAAAAGAAGUGGGACUACGAAGAACUAGGACCUGAAAAAACGAUAGACUUUUGGGUCACAAUAACGAACGCAGAGAAAGGGGUUCCAGAUCGAUUGAUACUAAAAUGCUACACGGACAAUCAACGCGUCAUUAUCCACGUGCGGGAUGUGAAUGACGAACCACCCUAUUUCAUUAACCGUCCUUUGCCUAUGCAAGCUGUGGUGCAGCUGAACGCACCCCCCAACACACCGGUAUUCACCCUCCAAGCAAGAGACCCCGACACGGAUCACAACAUUCAUUACUUCAUUGUGAGAGAUCGGACAGGGGGAAGAUUUGAAGUAGAUGAGAGGUCAGGUGUUGUUCGAACUCGCGGCACAGACACUUUUCAGUUGGAUAUGGAAUAUGUGCUUUAUGUAAAAGCUGAGGACCAAAAUGGAAGGGUUGACGAACGAAGAUAUCAAUCUACAGCGGAAGAAAGGCUUUCAAUUGUCGGAGGAAAAAGAGCCCCGCAAUUCUAUAUGCCUAGCUACGAGGCUGAAAUACCGGAGAACCAGAAAAAAGACUCGGACAUAAUUUCAGUGAAAGCCAAGUCAUUCGCUGAUAGAGAGAUCCGAUAUACAUUAAAAGCCCAAGGUCAAGGAGCAGGGACUUUCAACAUUGGUCCUACAUCUGGAAUUGUAAAACUUGCAAAAGAACUUGAUUUUGAAGAUCUCCGUCAACCCCACGUUUACUCACUUGUGGUAACUGCAACCGAAGAUUCAGGUGGAUUUUCAACGUCAGUUGAGCUCACAAUUCGUGUCACGGAUGUCAAUGAUAACGCUCCAAAGUUUGAAUUACCAGACUACCAAGCUCACAACGUUGACGAAGACAUUCCGCCAGGUACAAGCAUCUUAAAGGUCAAAGCAGUGGAUAGCGACAGUGGCGCAAACGCAGAAAUCGAAUAUUCGGUUUCGGAUGAUCACUUUAGUGUCGAUCCAAGCGGAAUCAUUUCAAAUAACAAACAAUUGGAUGCCGAUAACAACAAUGCAUACUACGAGUUCGUCGUGACAGCCAAAGAUAAAGGUGAACCUGCUAAGACAGGCACAGCAACAGUUCGUGUGUAUACGAAAAACAAGAAUGAUGAAGAACCAAAAUUCUCACAGCAAGUAUACACGCCAAACGUUGAUGAAAACGCUGGUCCAAAUACACUAGUGACAACUGUUGUGGCUUCCGAUAAAGAUGGAGAUAAUGUUCGAUUUGGCUUUGUUGGAGGUGGUACAAGUUCUGGUCAAUUUGUCAUUGAAGAAAUAACUGGUGUGAUACGUCUACACGGGAAAUCUAUUUCAUUGGAAAGAGACAAAUACGAACUGAAUGUUACUGCAAUGGAUGACGGAUCUUGUUGUGUAGAUGGAGAAAAGACCAUUCACACUAGCACGGCCGUUGUUGUAGUGUUUAUUACUGAUGUAAAUGACAACAAACCGAUUUUUAAAGAUUGCGGAACGUACUAUCCAAAGGUUGAAGAAGGCGCUCCAAAUGGAUCACCAGUUAUUAAAGUCCAUGCUACAGACGAGGAUAAAGGUGUUAAUGGUCAAGUCAAGUACUCCAUUGUGCAACAACCAAAUCAAAAGGGAACAAAGUUUACCGUAGAUGAAGAAACCGGUGAUGUCUCAACUAAUAAAGUGUUUGAUCGUGAAGGAGACGACGGAAAAUUUGUAUCAGUAACAGUUAAGGCUACUGAUCAAGGAGAACCUUCAUUGGAAGGAGUGUGUUCGUUCACAGUCGAAAUAACUGAUAUGAAUGAUAAUCCACCGCUAUUUGACCGUCAGAAAUACGUUGAGAAUGUUAAACAAGACGCAAGUAUAGGUACAAAUAUUCUACGAGUUUCCGCGUCCGACGAAGACGCUGAUAAUAACGGCGCAAUAAUAUAUUCACUGAGUGCUGGUUCAAACCCUCAAGAUCUGGAGUAUUUUGAAAUUCAGCCAGAGUCUGGCUGGAUAGUCCUCAAGAAGCCACUUGACCGAGAAACGUACAAGCUGGAGGCCACGGCCCAAGACAAAGGCUAUCCGCCCUUGUCCCGAUCCGUCGAAGUUCAGAUAGAUGUCGUGGACCGCGCGAACAACCCGCCCGUGUGGGACCACGCGGUCUACGGGCCCAUCUACAUAAGAGAGAACCUCCCGGUCGGGGCUAAAGUUGUUUCAGUCAAAGCCAGCUCGGGUAUCGAAAACAACCCCACAGUCUUACCGCCUGAUGCCAGGGUCAACCGCUCAAACCAACAAGUACCACACGUUUUAUCUCCAGCAACGUCCCGACAAUGGAUUCACAUGGGCAGAUAUCAAAGUCAACCAUCCAUUAGAUUACGAAACAAUUAAAGAGUAUAAUUUAACUAUACGUGUUGAGAAUAAUGGUGCUCAGCAACUGGCAUCAGAAGCAACCGUAUACAUAAUGCUAGAAGACGUAAAUGAUGAAAUACCCCUGUUCACAGAA